GUUGGCCUUCUUCGCGGUGCUCUCACGUUCUACCUCACACCUGCAUUCACUCGCUCGCCCUGCCCGCCUUGCAUGCGCUGACCGCCCGCCGUCCUCCAUCCACCACCAUGGACCACCGCGGACAACGUCCUCCGCGUUCAGCCCGUCCGCCCAACGCUCAGUCCCCGCCGGCCGACUAUGAGCCCCCCAACGUCCCGUAUGGCACCCACUACGGCAACCGUCCGCCCCCGAUGCCUACCAUCGACUCUUACACCGGUGUGUCUUUCCAGGGCAAGGAGAGCGGCGACCGUCGCAACCCCAUCGACCAGGCCCGCACCCGCGCUCACACCGCCUACAACAACAACCAGCUCCAGUCGCCAGAGUCGCCUAGCGACGCUGCUUUCAUGGAGGACGGGAUGGCGGGCGUGGGUGCCAGCGGAGUAGGUCGGAAGAAGAGCUUGGUGAGGCCGGACAGAGAGAAGAUCGAGCCCGGACAUCGGUUGUGGCAUUACAGGAAUCAUGCACAACAGAUGGAGGAUGAGGGAGGGGGGAAUGCUAUCCCGUCGACAACGGGAAACAUCCCGCAAAGAGGCAACCUACGGCGAGGCAAAUCUCUCCUUGCACGAGACGAGGACGUUCACGAGUCCGGUCUUGCUCUCUUCAAGCGGGGCCAGACAUUGCGUCGCAAGAAGGCACCAGCACCAGCGGAUGCCACACCCAAGAGGAGUUGCAUGGAUAGACUGGGUCCUGGUCCGAAGGGCCCAUGGUUCAUGUAUUGCUUUAUUCUUACCUGCCUAGUACCUCCACCACUGCUUCGAUUGUUCGGCAUCCGCACUCCGGAACAAAUCAGAGCAUGGCGAGAGAAGAUGGGUCUACUAGGGAUCAUCCUCGCGUUGAUGGCGGUUGUAGGUUUCAUCACGUUCGGGUUCACGCGUACCGUCUGCGGUACACCGAACAACCGGUACCAGUCAGGCUCAGUGGAGAACGCUUCGGUGAUCGUCCAUGGCUACGACUACGAUUUCUCGAACUUCAAUCAUCCUGCGGUUGGCAACUUCGAUGGGAAGACGAACCCGCUAUAUGUCGGAGGAUGGAAAGCGGCAGGCAACGACAUCUCGUUCAUGUUCCAGAAUACCGGCGGCCACUGCUCGAACUACAUCACGAAGGCGAGCGGAUCGUCGAUUAGUGGUAGUACCAGCGAUCCGGAGUGGUACUUCCCGUGCAACGUUCACGGCCAGAACAGCGGCUUGCCAGUCAACUCGACGAACUAUGGCUCGGACACGACGUGUCACACGGCUUCAUCGGCACGUAGCCAGCUCUCCAGCAUGAAGCCAUUGGGCCAGGUCUACUUUACUUGGGACCAAGUCGCAGAUGGCUCACGCAAUCUCGUUGUCUGGGAAUCCGCUGUCCUCGAUUUUGAUUUGCUUCAAUGGCUCGAUACAUCCGAGGUCAGCUACCCCUCUGUCUUCGAUGAGUUCAAGAAGGGCAAUGGCACGUAUAACGGCAAAGAUCUGUCGAUGUACUUCAUGCGCACGGACCAGAAAGACCUCGCGCUGUGCCUCCAGCAGAUCAUUCAGGUAGGCUUCAUCGACACCAACACGAUCGGCUGUGUCGCUUCGCAGAUCGUGCUCUACGUCUCGUUGGUCUUCAUUAUUGGAGUCGUGGGCAUCCGCUUCGCCAUCGCGCUGUUCUUCUUCUGGUUCAUCUCCGCCAAGGUCGGGAAUUACAACAACGAGACCCACCAGCAGCGCCGGCAGCGCAUGCUCGAGAUCGAGAACUGGACGAACGACAUCUACAAGCCUGCUCCCGCCGAGUACCGUCCGAACGUGCACAAGAAUGGCGUCGCGAAGGGCGCGAAGGGCGCGAAGAGGAAGACGUUCCUGCCGAGCACUUCGCGUUUCACGCCCGCGGAGACGGCGCUGAAGCCUGGUGUCCUUGGUAGUCGUACCUCGGCUGCGUACGGCAUACUCGAGCCCGUUCCCCACAAGAAGGCUGCGGCCACCAUGAGCUUGUACGGAGGCAGGAGCACGACCAAGCUCACACCUCCGGACACGCCUGGGUAUCGCCACUCGAGGAGCUCCGUGUCACUCGCGGCGGAAGGGACGCAUGCGCUUUUCCCUGAGAAUCCCUGCCCGUUCCCGCUGCACAACGUCGUGCCGCAGCCGCCUCCGGACUACGAGCCGUUCCACUUCCCCCUCGCACAUACCAUCUGUCUGGUGACGGCUUACUCCGAGUCGACGGAGGGGUUGAGGACAACGCUGGAUUCCCUUGCGACGACGGACUACCCGAACAGCCACAAGCUCAUGCUAGUCAUCGCCGACGGUAUGGUCAAGGGUGCCGGGAACACGAUGACGACGCCAGAGAUCUGUCUGUCGAUGAUGAAGGACUUUAUCAUCGCUCCGGAGGAUGUCGAGGCACACUCAUACGUCGCCAUCGCCGACGGUCACAAGCGACAUAACAUGGCCAAGGUCUACGCGGGCUUCUACGACUACGAUGACGCGACGAUCGAGCGGAGCAAGCAGCAGCGCGUCCCGAUGAUUCUCGUCGCAAAGGUCGGCAACCCGCUCGAGGCGAACGACGGCAAGCCGGGCAACCGUGGCAAGCGCGACUCGCAGAUCGUGCUCAUGGCGUUCCUGCAAAAGGUCAUGUUCGACGAGCGCAUGACGACGUUCGAGUACGAGUUCUUCAACUCGAUCUGGCGUUGCACCGGGGUCAGCCCGGACCGGUACGAGAUGGUGCUUUGCGUCGAUGCGGACACAAAGGUCUUCCCGGAUUCCGUCAGUCGCAUGGUGGCGUGUAUGGUCCAGGAUUACGAGGUCAUGGGCAUCUGUGGCGAGACCAAGAUCGCCAACAAGACUGAUUCCUGGGUUACGAUGAUACAAGUCUUCGAAUACUUCAUUUCGCACCACAUGACGAAAGCGUUCGAAUCUACGUUUGGUAGUGUUACGUGUUUGCCGGGUUGCUUCAGUAUGUAUCGCAUCAAGGCACCGAAGGGCGAUUCUGGCUACUGGGUGCCUAUCUUGGCUAACCCGGACAUCGUGGAGCACUACUCGGAGAACAUCGUCGACACCUUGCACAAGAAGAACCUGCUGCUGCUCGGAGAGGAUCGAUAUCUGACCACUCUGCUUCUGAAGACGUUCCCGAAGCGCAAGAACAUCUUCUGUGCCUCGGCGGUAUGCAAGACCAUUGUCCCCGAUACCUUCAUGAUCCUCCUGUCUCAGCGUCGUCGUUGGAUCAACUCGACUGUGCACAACCUUGCGGAACUGAUACUCGUUCGGGACAUGUGCGGUACCUUCUGCUUCUCUAUGCAGUUCGUCGUUGGUAUGGAGCUUGUCGGAACGCUAGUCCUCCCCGCUGCCAUCUCCUUCACGCUCUACGUCAUCAUCGACACGAUCAUCCCGCACUCGUCUAGUACCACGAUCCCUCUGGUCCUCCUCGGCAUUAUCCUCGGUCUACCCGGUAUUCUGAUCGUCAUCACAUCGUUCAAGCUGGCAUACGUGGGCUGGAUGGUCAUCUACCUCUUCUCCUUGCCCAUCUGGAACGGUGUCCUACCGGCGUACGCAUACUGGCACUUUGAUGACUUCUCCUGGGGUCAGACGAGGCAGGUCGCUGGCGACAAGGCUGGCGGCAACCACGGUGACAAGGAGGGCGAGUUUGACUCGACCCAUAUCGUCAUGAAACGAUGGGCCGAGUUUGAGCGUGAAAGGCGAUGGAAGAGUGGGACUCAGUCGAGGGACUCCACGGUAUUCGACUACCGCUCGUAUUCGCCGAAGAGAGGCGACAGUCGACGGCCAUCAAUGUCUUCUAUGGCUGACCCGCAAUACAAUCAGCAAUACGAUUCAGAGACGUACGAGUCGUCGAAUAUGCCUCCUUCACGACCCAGGAAAGACAGCAACCAACUCCUCAUGCUGCCCGCCCCUCUGGCUGUCAACAGCAGACAACCUCAUCUUCCCGCCACCACACCAUCCGUAUCAACCUCUGGCAUGUCGCGCUCGAGCACGGACGAGAACACGUCAGAACUGGGAUCGUCCCACAAGCUAGUCUCCAGUCCGUCUCCGAACAACGACUACCAGGAUGAUUAUGAUUCACCCUAUCAAUCUGAGUCUCACCAACAGCCGACCUAUGCGCAACAACAGUCGUUCGUGCAAGAGCCGACAUCGCAAUACCCCACACAAUCGUAUCCACAACAGGGUGGUGCAUUCCAGGAACGUGUAGUGCGUACAGCUACUGCAAGCGGCGCGACUCUUCGGCAAGCCCCUGCAGCCAAUGCGUACUCAGGCGAGGUCUUCAACCCGUAUGGCUACCAGGCGGGUGGAGGGUUCGUCGACGAACCUGCUCAGUCUUACAGUCCGAGCGAGUCCGAGCAGUCGGGACCACCUCCACCUCCACCGAAGACGCCUGCGCAUGCGCAGACAAGAGCAGCCCGCGGAUUCAGCCUGGCAGAUAACGGGCCUGUACCCGCUCCUGGUGGUGGUGUGCGGAGAGUUUCAAGACAACAGGGCCGGCGUCCGCCGUCGCAGGCGCCGCCACAGAACAGGUACUCGCGUUCGUCGACCCUGCCCCCGGGAGCGGCUCCCCCGCAGCCUGGGUAUGGUUACUGAGCACUCGGCGGAUGUGCUUGUAUAGGCGUCGUGCGAUUGUCAGGACCUGAGGACGUCAGGACUUGGAACUAUGUUACACGCUGACAUUUUCAAGAUUCUUUUCUAGUACCACGUUCUUCACUUAGUACGCUUUUGGACACUCAUUUCUUCCUUCGUUAGCACGUCAUGACCUGUACGAUGAGCAUUCCCUACACCACUGGACUUCCUGCAUACGCGAUUUAUCAUACCCUACAUUGUCCUAUUGACUUAUGGACGAACACUAAUAGCGAGUAUGAUUGUACGCAUCCGUCUGACAAGGCUAUAAGACCAGCUUACAGUGGAGGUGCAUUGUCUCCUCGUCGACAUCGUUCUGCGCAGACGAAAAACGCACAAUUAUCACUCAAAAGGCACGUCAGCGCAGACAGUUCCAGUUCAGCCAUCAUCGAC